AUGAGAAUCCUUAAGUCUUCACUAUUACUAGUGUCACUUAUAUGUCUAGCAAAUGAAGCAAUUUGCAAUCUUGCUGGAACUGCUGCAGGUGUCGAUAUUGGUAUCGUAGAUUAAGUCAAGAAAAUCGGAAUGCCAAUUAUCUAAUAGCAACUAAAUGACUUCAAAGUUGGUAAAAUCAAUUUUAAAGGAGGUGAUGUGGAUAACAUGGACUUAAAGUUCUCCUUCAACAACCCAGAUUCCAUCAAGGUAGCCUUUUCAGGUGCUUCUAAUGCUAUAAAUGUCCAAGCCAAUGAUAUAUCAGGCGAGAUCACAGGUAGAUUCCAUUACAAGUUACUGUUCAUUCAUGCUAGUGGCAAGUUUAAGGUGAAAAUGAAUAAUGAUGCAGUUAAGUUGAGCAUGAAUGUACCUCUUGUCUCCUAAACCAUUGAUGGUCGUAACAUCCCAGCCAUAGGAAUUAAUGACUUUGACUUGCACAUUGACAGUUCCAAGAUACAUAUCACUUUGAGUGGUAGUUUCAUAGCUGAUAUUGCAGAUGCAUUCGUAGACAUCUUUAAGAAGCUAAUCAUUAAGGAGAUUAAUAAGGCUAUUAACAGUGCAGUGCCUAAACUAGUUAUCUCAUCAAUCAACAAGAUAUUCAAGGAUACAAAUGGCAGAGCUAAAGUCUAUAAGGACAUGCAGUUUGACUUCACUUUCGUUAGCAACCCAGUCAUCUCAGAUAGUAACCUGGCUCUCUAUCUAAAUGCUACACUUUAUGACUCUGUUAAUGGCUACAAAAUUCCAGCUAUCCCAUUAUCUGAUGUUUAAAUACUCAAUCCUUCUACUAACUCUGUUGAACUGUCAGUCUCACACUUCACUGCAGAUUCCUUAUUCAUUGCUUUGCAAGAGCAAAAUUUAUUCCAGUACUAUCUAGAUGCCUCAAAGUCAGGCAAACUCUCUUCUAUGCUAACUACUACUUACCUUGAAGGUCUCCUUCCAGGUAUUGAAGCCAAGUAUGGAAAGGAUGUCCCAGUAUCUGUAGACUUCAAGUCAAGCUCAGCCCCAAGAGCCUUGUUUUAAAAAGAUGAUUUCGGUUUGAUUGCUGACCUUGAUCUGACAUUCAUAGUUCAGAAUCAAACAGCCAUCAUAGUCUCUCUUAAAGACUUUUAAUCAACAGUAAUCGUAGCACUCUAGGGUCAAAACUUAAGCGUCUAGAUUCAGCAAUGCCAGAUCAAUGAUGUCAGUGCCUCACAGUCAUAAAUAGGUUACUUUUCUGCUUAUGAUUUCAAAUUAUUCUUUAACGUUGCCAGCAGAAUCGCUGUCCCAAUCAUCAAUAAUAUGUUCCUUGAGAACCCAUUUGUACUACCAAGCACUAUUCUUGGCAUGAUUCAUAUUGAUGACGCCAAGUUCCAGUCAUUUGACAACUAUCUAGCUGUCAAUGUAUCUCCCUAAUUCAUAACUGCUUGA